AUGUAUCAUAAAUGGAUUGCUCUUUAUGCAAUCACUCAACUUGUUGGUGUCAACAGUUUUCCUAUAGAUACUAAACCAAGUACAUCUCUUGAAGCUCGUACUGUUACCUUUACUUCAAGUAUUAUUUUAGCUGUUUCAUCACCUGCAUUUUUCCCCAAGUUUGCUCAUCAUGGCUCAAAACCAUUGAACCCAGUUCCUACAGGUCCUAUUAAAAUCAUUUCUACGUUAAAGAAAGAGAAUUAUCCUCAAGCUUGGACAGCUCCUGAUGUAAAUCAUCCAGAAGUACAAGCAGCCAUCAAAGCCAUUGACUGGACUUAUGUACCUAACCUAGACCCUCAAGUGGAAGGCGGACCUAAUUAUGAUAAUUCUAAAGAUGUAGCUUGUUGGUGGACAAACACACAAUGUACAAAGCCAAAAGUGAAUUACUUGCCCGAAGAUGUGAGAGCCUGUGCUAGUGUAGGCGAUUUUGGUCUGACAUAUGAUGAUGGACCAUUACCUCCUCAAUCUGUCAAUGAUCCUUGGGCUGAACCUCGCUUGUAUAACUUCCUUGCCGGUAUAAAACAAAGAGCUACUUUGUUUUACGUAGGAUCUAACGUUGUGGCCUAUCCAGAUGCAGCUGUACGUGCAUUACAGUCAGGACAUACGCUCUGUGCACAUACGUGGUCUCAUCCUCAUAUGACAACCCUUCAUAAUCAUGAUAUUGUGGCUCAAUUGUACUGGAGUAUGCGAGCCAUCAAAGAAGCAGCUGGUGUCACUACACGUUGCUGGAGAGCGCCUUAUGGUGAUGUAGAUGAUCGCGUACGUGCUAUUGCUCAUCAAAUGGGUCUCUAUACAAUUGUUUGGAACAGUGAUUCGUUUGAUUGGGGAUUACCAUCAGCAGCCAAUGGAUUUUCAGGCACACUCACACAAGAGACUAUAGAUGGUUACUUUCAAAACUGGAUAGCUAUGCGCGAAAACAAGACUGAUACUGAAGGCCGUAUUGUAUUGGAGCAUGAGAACAGUAACAUGACCAUCUUAACAAGUGAGAAAUGGCUAGUAAAUCUAAGAGAAGCUUUUCAUGUAAAGACUGUACAUGAAUGUGAGCCUAGUCUUCCUGGUCCUUAUUGGGAGUCUUGA